AAAUGUCCUGCCUCUUCCGCACUCGAUCAAUUUCAAUCCCUCAGAAAAACCCCUAGACAGAGAAAGAGAGAGAGACUAUUUACACGGUUCACAUCGGUCGAUGGCCUCCAGAUGCCUCACCGUUGCAAAGCUCCUCCUCCGAUCAAACCAGUCGCUGACCGCGGCCGCCUCUACUAUCGCCGGACGUCACACCUUCAGCUCCCAGUCCUCCCGAGGAAAAGCUGUUCAGGUGACUUUGAUGGGGCGGAUGGAACAUCCGUUUCUGAGUCUAGGUGUGGGAGCAUUGUGCAAUAUAAAUGAAUAUGAACGAGAAGUGAUAGUGAUGGUUGACAUGCCUGGAAUCGGCAAAGAAGGACUGGAGAUAAAGAUAAAAAAGAAUUCGAUCCAUAUACGAGGGAAGGCAGAGAGAGAAAUUGAAGACAAGCCCGACAAGGACGAUAUCCCAGAGAGGAUAUACGCCGGCGUCUUUGAUCUUCCUCCUGGAUUCUACGACGCCGACGAGAUCAAGGCGUCUAUCAAAUUCGGUGUUCUGAAACUGGUGAUUCCGAAGCUGAAGCCUUCUCGUCAUCUCAAUUUACCCCAUAUUGAGCUUCGUGGCAACCCCAUCGUGCAAUCCGUGUUAUAUGAGGACGGGAUUGGAAUUCAAGAUAUUGUAGACUUUCUCCAGAAAUAAGAGUUUUGGAGACGAAAGGGGCCAAAUAAUAGUUGCAUUGCCCCAGAUUGGGUAUUUUCCCUAUUUGAAAUUUCUUGUCAAUUGCUUAUAGAUAUAUAUACUAUAAUCAUAUACUGUAUUUGAUUAUAAUGCGGAGACUGUGAUUUUAGCUCCGGGAAGAGUUUGGCCUUUUAGGUGGUCGUGGUGUUGAACAGUACUAGGUGGGUGAGGGUUUGUUCAUGUUCUAGGGUUUUUUUAGCUGAUGGUGCAACUUUUUUGAAAUGUAAAAAUAGUUAAUUAAAAUAGUUGAUGUUUAUUGGGUACCCUAUGUCACAUUAUGCUAUUGUUUAUAUU